AUGGCCACCGAGUCUGCUCCCACCAAUGGCCUAUACGGCACAAAUCAAUUCAACCAUCAACCUGCCGAACUCGCCGCCUCCACACCCUCAGCUCCAGCUCAUUCAAGUUCUGCUUCUCAGAGUACUACGACUAGUGCUACUGCGCAAAAGGCCGACCCGCAAGAGAUUGGCUGGUAUUUCGUCGAACAGUAUUACACGACCUUGUCCAAGAGCCCUGAGAAGAUACAUCUAUUCUACUCCAAGAAAUCACAGCUUGUCAGUGGUGUAGAGGCAGAAAAGGUUGUUACUGCCGUUGGCACCAAGGCAAUUAGCGAAAAGAUUAAAGCUCUCGACUUCCAAGACUGCAAAGUCCGUGUCCUCAAUGUCGAUUCUCAGUCCUCCUUCAAUAACAUCGUGGUCCAAGUCAUUGGCGAGAUGUCGAACAAGUCAGAACCACACCACAAGUUUGUCCAGACCUUCAUUCUCGCCGAGCAGCCCAACGGAUACUUCGUCUUGAACGACAUCUUCCGAUAUCUCAACAACGACGAAGAUGAGAUCGUCGAGGAUGAACAGCCCCAAGCUGAAGUACCAGCCGAGGAACCUACUACCCCUGCGGACGGCCUUGUCGAACCCGAGAAGAAUGAGGACGAGACAGUGGCUACCGAGGCUGCUGCUGAAGAGGUAGAUGAGAAGCUCGAAGAGGAAAAGGAAGCUGCCGAGCCGGCUCAUACUGAGGUCAACGGUACACUUGUUCCGACUGUCGUCGAGGAGGCAGCAGAACAGCCAGAAAGUGCAGAGACCACCGCAGAGGCUGUGGAGGAAGACAAAGCCGAGACCCCAGCACCAGAAACACCAGCCGCUGCUGAAUCCACACAACCAGAAGCUUCUGCCGAGGCCGAGACCGCUCCUCCCCCAUCCGUCGAAGCACCACCAGCAAGAAAGACUUGGGCAAGCAUGCUCGGCGGCGGUAGCAAAACUCCUGCUGUCCCUGCCCUCCCAGUCACCACACCUGCAGCUCAACCGAAAGCGUCUCGACCAUCCCAACCUGCUCAGGCUCCGAAGGCACAAACCCAAGCCGCCCCAGCCGCUGACGCGACUGCGACCACUCCCACCUCCCAAAGCAACGGCUGGCAAGAAGCUGGUCAUGGCAAGAAGGGAAAACCACAGACCAAGACAGCAUCCGAGGGAACAGUGCUUGCUUAUAUUAAGAAUGUAAACGACAAGGUUGACGCUAGGAUUCUUCGUGAAACCCUUGAGAGCUACGGCGAGCUUAAGUAUUUCGACGUCUCCCGCCCAAGAAACUGCGCUUUCGUUGAAUUCGCUGAUCCUGCUGGUUACACAGCUGCCGUUGCCGCCAACCCUCAUACCGUUGGCUCUGAACAAAUCUACGUUGAAGAACGUCGCCCUCGUCCAAAUGCCUAUGGUGGUACCAAUGCCACCUUCACCCGGGGUGGCAGCACCGCCGGACGUGGUCGCGGUGGUGGUGGUAUGCAAGGUGGACGCACAAACAGCCAGUCCAGCUUCACCAAAGAGACUGGCGGUCGUGGUGGUUUCCAGCAAAGAGGUGGAAAAUCCGGUACCGCGACACCAAAGGGUCGUGGCCAGCCUCAAGAGGCUUGA